AUGCCCAGAGAGGGGAGCGGCCUUGGGUUGAGUAAUGUAACAUGUGAAGUUGUAAAAUGUAUAAAACCUCCAGUUGAAAAUGCUGUUGUUCAUGGAAAUGCCAAGUACAAUGAAAAUGAAGUCCUGAGUUAUACGUGCAAUCCAGGAUAUAAACGUGGUCAAGAAAGAGAUUCAAAAUGCACAAAUUCAGGAGGCAGAGCGGCGUGGAUUCCCACACCUGCAUGUGAAGCAAUAAAAUGUGAGCUGACACUGCCGCCAGUUCCAGGAACCACAUACGAACCUGCUUAUAGAAAUAGGUUUUCACCUGGUGAAAAGGUAAGAGUGUCGUGUGGGGACAGAUACUGGAUUUCAGACAGUCGCAGUCGCUUAGCUGAGACUACUUGUGAAGAGAAUGGACAGUGGACUGUCGCACCAGUGUGUCAAGAGGUUACAUGCAGCCGUCCCAGAGAAAGGUAUAUCUCGUACUCGAGUGGUUGGCAACAAAUAAAACUGGGUGAUUCUGUCUGGUAUAGAUGUGCAACAGGCUACAGGAGUACAGGUGGUGCCACCUGGGCCACAUGCACCAGAGAUGGGUGGGAACCUCAUCCACUUUGUCAAGAGAUUAAAUGCAAGAAGGAGUCUUACAAUAAUGCCGAUAUUAUUGGAGAAAUUCAUUCUGAAUACAGUUACAAUGAUCGUGUCCAGUAUAAGUGCAAGAGAGGUUAUGAAGGAAGGUUCACUCUAACGUGUGGGGAAAAUGGCUGGCAUAGAUCUAACCAAUGUACAGCUACUACACAAUGUCAAAGUGUGAGCAGUGAAAACAGAUUUGAUGUUUGGCCAUCUGGUAACAAACUUUACUACACGUGUAAGGACGGUUACAAACUUCUCACCAAAGGCUGGUGGGGUGAAGCCACAUGUGAGGGCGGUGUGUGGUCUGGACUCAAAGAUUGUAUUGCGGAACGAGAGUGUGGAGAACCUCCUGUGAUUCCUAAUGGCAAAGGGAGACUUCAGACGAAACCGUCCCAAAAAAGCAUUUCAAUAACUUGCAAAGAAGGAUACUCUACUGAGAUUGAGGAAUUAACUUGUAAUGAGGGACAAUGGGAUUUGGCUGGACGAUCACUUGAUGAAAUCUGUAAACCAAAUGAUGAUAACUGCAGCCCUCCACUCAAAGUUGAGAAUGCUGUUGUUACAACUCCUUAUCAGAAGGAAUACCCAUCUGGCUCUACAGUAACUUAUCAGUGCCGCGCUAAGUACACAAUGGAGAGUGAGGCCACAAUUGAAUGCACAGCCGGAAAAUGGGAUGCUCUCGAGAUUAAAUGUAUAUUUACCUGUGACAAGCUUCAGGACGAGUGGCAGACAAUGAACUUCACAGCAGAUAAAGAGAAAUACAAGAAUGGAGAGAUCAUCAAAUAUCAAUGUAAGAAUAAAGAAAGAAGUAAUGGCACUGCAACAUGCCAGGAUGGCAAUUGGACUAAAACAAUAGAAUGUGAAGAGAAAUGCACAGUCCCUGAAAUACCAUCAAGUCUAAGAUUCACCACAGAUUCACCACGCAGUCAAAUAUUGAAAGGACAAUACCUAACGUUUACUUGUGUAGACAGUACCCACAUUAUCAAAGGGAAUGCAACGUUUGAAUGUUUGGCAAAUGGACAGUGGAGCGAUCCUCUACCAACAUGUGAAGCGACAAGGGUUUGUAGCACAUCACCAAAUCUUUCAAAUGGACAGGCCAAGAGAAAAGGAAAAAACCAAUACAGCCAUAAUGAAAAGGUUGAAUAUGUCUGUCGCAGAGGGUACGUCAUGGAGGGUGGGCCAUCCAAAACCUGCAUCAAUGGUGAAUGGAUUGGAGAGAUGAGAUGCCGCCCUGCCCAGGGUUGUACAAGACCAGCACCAAUUUCAGAUGGAGGCCCUAAAACAGCUACUAAGAGCCUGUACCAACAUGGUGACAAGGUUGAAUAUGUCUGUCAGGCACACUACGUCAUGGAGGGGGGACCAAUCAAAACCUGUUUCAAUGGUGAAUGGACUGGAGAGAUUAGAUGCCUUCCUGCCCAGGGUUGUACAAGACCACCACCUCUUUUAGAUGGAGGCCCUACAACAACUACUAGGAGCCAGUACCAACAUGGUGACAAGGUUGAAUAUGUCUGUCAGGCAUACUACCUCAUGGAGGGGGGACCAAUCAAAACCUGUUUCAAUGGUGAAUGGACUGGAGAGAUUAGAUGCCUUCAACCCUGCACUGUGACUGAAGAGGAGCUGAACAGCCACAAUAUUCACUUCAAACAUCCAAGAAAAGAUAACCCAGAUAAGAUGUAUUCAGCACAUAAUGAUGUGAUUGAGUUUGUGUGUACCAAAGGAAGACGUGUCGGCGCUGUGGGAAUGCGUCAGAAGUGUGAGCAUGGUGUGAUGGAGUUACCAACUUGUCAGUAAGGGUUUUUUGUUUUUUGUUUUUUUACUAGAUUAGAUAAAGAUGAGUACACCAAUGUGUCAGAAUGAAGAAUUAAAUCAGUCAAGUAAUAGUGCUGUUUGUGGUCCUUUUAAUAAAACCAUAUGUGCUGACUGAGUCCA